CGUGAUAUUCCAGUCCAGGGCGAGCAGCGAGGACGGUGCUAGCGUGAGCUGGACUCUGAUGGCUUCCUCGAGCCCUCCUGCACAGCCUGCCGUAGGAGAUCCACUGGCUUCCAAAGCCCCAGGCCCCUCCCCCGAGGUGGAGGAGGACUCCGGAGAAGCCUUUGAGUUCGAUGACAGUGAUGAUGAAGAGGGGACCAGCACAGACUUGGUUGUUCCUGACCUUGCCCCUGAGAGGGAUGCAGAGCCCUCACUGAUCAGCUUCGACACUGUCCCCGGCCCAGACCUAGACCCAGCCGCUGUACCGCCCCAGACAGAGGCACCCGCUGUGGUCAGCAAUGGGGAUGCUGUGGGCGCAGCUUUCUCUGGGGUUCGGCGCUCCAGCUGGAAGCGGAAGAGCUCACGUCGCAUCGACCGAUUCACCUUCCCUGCCCUGGAUGAAGAUGUAAUUUAUGACGACGUCCCCUGUGAGAGCCCAGACACCCAUCAGCCCGGAGCAGAACGGGGCCUACUUUACGAGGAUGUGCACCGUGCUGGAGCACCACGUGAGGCCGAGGACCUAGGCUGGAGCUCCAGCGAGUUUGAGAGCUACAGUGAGGACUCUGGGGAAGAGGUCAAACCGGAGGCAGAGCCCACUAAGCACCGGGGGUCCUUCCAGCCCAAGCUUUCUCCAGACCUGACUAGGCUAAAGGAGAGAUACGUCAGGACUAAGAGAGACAUCUUGGCUUUGAGAGUUGGGGGGAGAGACAUGCAGGAGUUGAAGCUCAAGUGCGAUUGUAAGAUGACCCAGCUCAUGAAGGCCGCCAAGAGCGGGACCCGAGAUGGGCUGGAGAAGACGCGGAUGGCCGUCAUGCGUAAAGUCUCCUUUCUGCAUAGGAAAGACGUCCUUGGUGACUCGGAAGAGGAGGAUAUGGGGCUCCUGGAGGUUGGUGUGACAGACUUCAAACCUCCAGCCCCAGAGCUGGGCCCCAUGCCGGACGGCUUGAGUCCUCAGCAGGUGGUCCGGAGACACAUCCUGGGCUCCAUCGUGCAGAGCGAGGGCAGCUAUGUGGAGUCACUAAAGCGGAUACUUCAGGAUUACCGUAACCCGCUGAUGGAGAUGGAACCCAAGGCCCUGAGUGUCCGCAAGUGUCAGGUGGUGUUCUUCCGUGUGAAGGAGAUUCUCCACUGUCACUCCAUGUUCCAGAUCGCCCUGUCCUCCCGCGUGGCCGAGUGGGAUUCCACUGAGAAGAUUGGGGACCUCUUUGUGGCCUCAUUCUCCAAGUCCAUGGUCUUAGAUGUGUACAGCGACUAUGUGAACAACUUCACCAAUGCCAUGUCCAUCAUCAAGAAGGCCUGUCUCACAAAGCCAGCAUUCCUCGAGUUCCUCAAGCGGCGGCAGGUGUGCAGCGCAGACCGAGUCACCCUCUAUGGGCUGAUGGUGAAACCCGUUCAGAGAUUCCCACAGUUCAUCCUCCUGCUCCAGGAUAUGCUGAAGAACACUCCCAGAGGCCACCCUGACAGACUGUCGCUGCAGCUAGCCCUCACAGAGCUGGAGACACUGGCUGAGAAGCUGAAUGAACAGAAGCGGCUGGCCGACCAGGUGGCCGAGAUCCAGCAGCUGACCAAGAGCGUCAGUGACCGCAGCAGCCUCAACAAGCUGUUAACCUCUGGCCAGCGGCAGCUGCUUCUGUGUGAGACUCUGACGGAGACCGUGUACGGAGACCGUGGGCAGCUGAUCAAGUCCAAGGAGCGCAGGGUCUUCCUUCUCAAUGACAUGCUGGUCUGUGCCAACAUCAACUUCAAGCCCUCCAACCACAGGGGCCAGCUAGAGAUCAGCAGCCUGGUGCCUCUGGGGCCCAAGUAUGUGGUGAAGUGGAACACAGCGCUGCCCCAGGUGCAGGUCGUGGAGGUGGGUCAGGAUGGCGGGGCCUACGACAAGGACAAUCUGCUCAUCCAGCAUGCAGGUGCCAAGAAGGCCACGGCUGCAGGGCAGGCCCAGAACAAGGUGUACCUGGGCCCGCCGCGCCUCUUCCAGGAGCUACAGGACCUGCAGAAGGACUUGGCAGUGGUGGAGCAGAUCACCCUGCUUGUCAGUACCCUGCAUGGCACUUACCAGAACCUGAACAUGACUGUGGCCCAGGACUGGUGCUUGGCCCUGCAGAGGCUGAUGCGGGUGAAGGAGGAGGAGAUCCACUCGGCCAACAAGUGCCGCCUGAGGCUACUGCUGCCCGGGAAGCCUGACAAGUCUGGCCGCCCCAUCAGCUUCAUGGUGGUCUUCAUCACACCGAACCCCCUGAGCAAGAUUUCCUGGGUCAACAGGCUGCACCUGGCGAAGAUUGGACUCCGUGAGUACAGCCCAGGGCAGCUUGGGGGUCUGGUCCACAGUCCCGUCAACUGUCCCCUGCUGGGCUUCUCAGCCGUCAGCACUUCCCUUCCACAGGGCUACCUCUGGGUUGGAGGUGGGCAGGAGGGUGCUGGUGGCCAGGUGGAGAUCUUCUCCCUGAACCGGCCUUCACCACGCACUGUCAAGUCCUUCCCCCUGGCAGCCCCCGUGCUCUGCAUAGAGUACAUUCCGGAUCCGGAGGAGGAGGCCGAGGGUACAGAGGAGAGCCGGGUGGCUGCUGACCCCUCGGCUGCAGCGCACCCCACCGUCUGCCUCGGCUUACAGGAUGGCAGCAUCCUGCUUUAUGGCAGCGUGGACACUGGGACCCAGUGCCUGGCAACCUGCAAGAGUCCAGGCCCGCAGCCUGUGCUCUGUUUGCGGCACAGCCCCUUCUAUCUACUUGCUGGCCUACAGGACGGGACCCUCGCUGCCUAUCCUCGGACCAGUGGUGGGGUUCCCUGGGACCUGGAGAGUCCCCCCAUGUGCUUGACGGUGGGCCCAGGGCCCAUUCGCACACUACUGAGCCUGGAAGAUGCCGCAUGGGCCAGCUGUGGGCCGCGGGUCACUGUCCUGGAUGCUGCCACUCUGCAGACUCAGCAAAGCUUCGAGGCGCACCAGGACGAGGCUGUGAGUGUGACACACAUGGUGAAGGCUGGCAGAGGUGUCUGGAUGGCCUUCUCCUCUGGCUCCUCCAUCCGCCUCUUCCACACCGAGACCCUAGAACAUCUUCAGGAGAUCAACAUUGCCACCAGGACCACCUUCCUCCUUCCAGGCCAGAAGCACCUGUGUGUCACCAGCCUCCUCAUCUGCCAGGGUCUGCUCUGGGUAGGCACUGACCAGGGUGUCAUUGUCCUGUUGCCCGUGCCCCGGCUGGAGGGCAUCCCCAAGAUCACAGGGAAAGGCAUGGUGUCACUCAAUGGUCACUGUGGACCUGUGGCCUUCCUGGCUGUGGCCAUGAGCAUUUUGGCCCCCGAUAUCCUGCGGAGUGACCAGGAAGAGACUGAAGGGCCUCAGGCCGAGGAGGACAAGCCAGACGGGCAAUCUCACGAACCAGUGCCCGCCCCUGACAGCCACCCAGGCCGAGAGUUAACCCGCAAGAAGGGCAUCCUGCUCCAAUACCGCCUGCGCUCCACGGCUCACCUCCCGGGGCCCCUGCUGUCGGUGCGGGAGCCAGCACCCACUGACGGUUCAGCUCUGGAGCACAGUGAGGAAGACGGCUCCAUCUACGAGAUGGCCGAUGAUCCUGAUGUCUGGGUACGCAGCCGGCCCUGUGCCCGUGAUGCCCACCGCAAGGAGAUCUGUUCUGUGGCCAUCAUCUCUGGUGGGCAAGGCUAUCGCCACUUUGGCAGCGCUCCAGGAGGCCUGAGUGGGCGACCGGCUCCGUGCAGCGAAACAGACAGUACACUUCUUAUCUGGCAGGUGCCCUUGGCUCUAUAGCUACCCAUCCUGCCCAUCUGGAGGUCACAGGGCAGCUGGACCACUGCAGACAUGCUGGGACCCUUUCUGGCCCAGCUGGGUUCCCCCCCAGGAACCUGCACAGGCCACAAGACAGGUCUGGAUUCUCCACUGAGGCCUUGAAGAGCAGAGGGAAACCUCUGGAAACAAAACUUCAGAAUGUUUUGGGGGUGGGUUUUAGGGUCUUGGGGAAUGGAAGAACACACUUGGAGAAUAUGGCCUUCUUGUUUUGUUUUGUUUUUGAAGCAAAAAACAUAAAACCUCACCACUGCCUGCUGAACCUGGAACCUUUUGUUGGGGCUGAGUGAGGCUCAGAGGUGGCCAUGCCCCUCCAGGAAGGAUGUAUGUGUGAGCAUGUGGGCUAGCGUGUGAAUAUAUAUAUGAAUACUUAUGUUCGAUGUAUAUUAUAUGUAUAAAUACAGUCUGUACAUAAUGGGUCUCUGGGAGGUGCUGGAAUAAAAGGCAAGAGAUAUGUGG